AUGGACGCUCGACCGACCGGGCCGCGGCCAAUCUACGAAGUGGUUCGGCCACCCAAGCUGGUAUUCUGGGACCAUGCUUUGCCUGCGUCAUGGUACCACAUUGUCCAGGAGCAUGCCAAGGCGCCACAGCACUUUUAUCGCAUCAUCAAGGCGAGCAGUGCUUCUCGCGGUCCUUUGCGUCAGGCUUCAGUCGGUGCAACAUAUGACAUUUCCGCUCCGCUGACCCAUGGAGAUGACUUCGUGGAUACCAAUGACGACUACGAAGUGGGAGAUAGCUCGCGGACCACGAACCAAAUGAAUGUCGCAGCAGUGGUGAGCAGUGUGAAUGGUACUGUAUCCAUGGCUAAGGCUGAUAUGGAGAACGGGUUCUGGCAGCUACCACUGGCAGAAGCGCGGAUCGAUGUGCUCUUUUAUGCCAAGCCCAUGGACGCGUUAUUUGACAUGCGGCGACGGUACGGGGACGAUGUGUUCUUUUAUGCCAAGCCUAUGGACAAGUUUACUGACAUGCUUCGACGGUUCGUUAUGCUGUCACAGAGGUGCAACAUCUGGCUCAACGCGAAGAAGAGCACCCCGUUCAAGCGUGAUGUGAUGUGGUGUGGCUACGUGAUAUCUGACGAUGAUGUUCGCAAUGACGCGGGGCGCAUCAGCGCGUUGCAGGAGCUUCGUCGCUGUCAGCAGCUACCGAACUGCAGUAUUUAA